AUGCGGGGCUUGGGGCCAGCCCUGGCGGCGGGGCGCCUCUUCCCGUUGCGGCUCCCCCCGCGGCCGCCGCGGUCGGUCGGAUCCCGGCUGUCGAGCGGGCCGGCGAAGGCGGCAGAGACGGGCGCCCUGGAACGGGCCAUGGACGAGCUGCUGCGCCGCGCCGUGCCAGCCACGCCGGCCUACGAGCUGCGCGAGAAGACGCCGGCGCCGGCCGAGGGCCAGUGCGCGGACUUCGUGAGCUUCUACGGCGGCCUGGCCGAGGCGGCCGAGCGCGCCGAGCUGCUGAGCCGCCUGGCGCGGGGCUUCGGCGUGGACCACGGCCAGGUGGCUGAGCAGAGCGCCGGCGUGCUCCAACUGCGCGAGCAGCCGCGGGAGGUGGCCGUGCUGCUUCAAGCCGAGGACCGGCUGCGCUACGCGCUGGUGCCCCGCUACCGCGGCCUCUUCCACCACAUCAGCAAGCUGGACGGCGGCGUGCGCUUCCUGGUGCGGCUGCGGGCCGACCUGCUCGAGGCGCAGGCCCUCAAGCUGGUGGAGGGGCCGCACGUCCGGGAGAUGAAUGGAGUGCUGAAGGGUAUGCUUUCAGAGUGGUUCUCUUCUGGCUUCCUGAGCCUAGAACGGGUCACCUGGCACUCGCCCUGUGAGGUGCUGCAGAAAAUCAGCGAGUCAGAGGCCGUGCAUCCUGUGAAAAAUUGGAUGGACAUGAAGAGACGCGUCGGGCCUUACAGGAGGUGUUACUUCUUUUCUCACUGUGCAGCCCCCGAGGAGCCCUUGGUCGUGCUGCACGUGGCACUGACCGGCGAGAUCUCCAGCAACAUCCAGGCCAUAGUGAAGGACUGCCCCCCAUCGGAGACAGAGGAGAGGAGCAAGAUCUCCGCGGCCAUCUUCUACUCCAUCAGCCUGACGCAGCCCGGACUGCAGGGGGUGGAGCUGGGCACCGUCCUGGUGAAGCGAGUGCUCAAGGAGCUGCAGAAAGAGUUUCCUCAUCUUGGGACGUUUUCAAGUCUGUCUCCUAUACCUGGAUUCACCAAGUGGCUCCUGGGACUCCUGAACUCGCAAGCAAAGGAACACGGGAGGAGUGAACUCUUUACCGAUUCAGAAUGUAAAGAAAUCACUGAGAUCACAGGCGGUCCCAUUAAUGAGACCCUCAAGGUCUUUCUCAGCAGCAGUGAAUGGGUGAAGUCUGAGAGGCUGGUCAGGGCGCUCCAGGCCCCCUUGAUGCGGCUCUGUGCCUGGUACUUAUAUGGUGAGAAGCACCGGGGCUUCGCCCUGAACCCUGUGGCGAACUUCCAUCUGCAGAAUGGGGCCAUGAUAUGGCGCAUCAACUGGAUGGCCGACGCGAGCCUCAAGGGCAUCACCGGCUCCUGCGGCCUGAUGGUCAACUACCGGUACUACCCUGGGGAGACGGCCACCAACAGCACCAGCUACCUCUGCUCCAAGAACAUCAAAGCUUCCGAGCAGGUCCUCAGCCUCGUGGCCCAGUUUCAGAAGAACAGCAAACUUUAAACCUGUCCCCAAGCAGACAUCCCCCACCCAGAGAAGGAUGAUUUUCUGGGUGGGUCAGGGAGGGUCAUGUAUCAAAAGGAGAUUUUUAGUCAAGCAGGGCUAGAGCUUGUUCUCUGGCCCACAGCAAGGUCACACUGGGAAGCUGUGCCCUGACUAACGUUGCGGGCGCACAGGUGCGGUGCCUGAUGCCAGAUAGUGGGGGGGUGGACGUGGCCCGGGUGGGGAUGCUCCGCCCUCCCCAGGAGAGCGGCCUGGCUCCCUGCCAGAGGCGGCGCUGUGGUCCCCGCAUCUUCAGAAAGCUCUAGAGCCUCUGCUGGCUGUCGUCCCAGGGUGAACUGGCCAGCCCCGCCGGGUCCGGGGCAGGUGGCCCAGGUGAGAGCAGAUUCUCCUUCAGGCUUAGAACGGAGUAAUUCAGCCACGGUUGUAUUAGCCUUUUUUCUCCACUCACUACGAAGGGAUAAAGGGCUGUGCUACAUGGUAUUCAAAUUUUGGAGAUCCCGAAUGUAGGGGAAUGUUCAUGACUGCACAAAGUUUACAAAAUUAUAUCAUUGAACACAUGA